GGAGUGCUUUUUCGUUUUCGGGGAGGGGUGCAGCGAGGAGGGGUGAGGUUGGGGGUUUCGUCCUCGGAGCUGGAAGGCUUAACAGUGCAGCGGAAGACGGUGGGGGUUGGCGUGAGGAGCAUGGCAGAGACUCCAAGCAGGAACCUCGCACAAACCAAAGGGACUAUGCAAACGCGAUACAGGAAGAAACAGAGACAACAUCUUGGUAUCUGGUCAUUUGAAAUGAGAAAGGAAUGGAAAAACUGUGAUCUGGACACAGCUUGGGUUACAAAGAUGCACAGGGUGUUUAAGAAGUCAAGCCCGAAUUGCAAGUUAACAGUCUACCUGGGCAAGCGAGACUUUGUUGACCACCUUGACCAUGUGGACCCAGUCGAUGGAGUGGUGUUGGUGGAUCCCGAGUAUCUCAAAGACAGACGAGUGUUUGUCACUCUGACCUGUGCAUUCCGUUAUGGACGCGAGGACCUCGAUGUGCUGGGCCUGUCCUUCAGGAAGGACCUUUUCAUCGCGACAUUCCAGGCCUUCCCCCCACUGCCGGAGGAGAAGAAGCCACUGACUAGACUGCAGGAGAGACUUAUUAAGAAACUGGGAGAAAAUGCCUUUCCUUUCUUCUUCACACUCCCACAGAAUCUGCCAUGUUCAGUUACCCUACAACCGGGCCCAGAGGACACAGGCAAGGCCUGUGGUGUGGACUUUGAAAUCCGAGCCUUCUGUGCUAAGACGAUGGAAGAGAAGAUCCACAAGAGGAACUCUGUCCGUCUGGUCAUCCGGAAAGUACAGUACGCUCCAGAGAAACCAGGGCCACAGCCAAUGGCGGAGACCACGAGGAGUUUCUUGAUGUCAGACAGGUCCCUCCAUCUCGAAGCCUCGUUAGAUAAAGAGCUCUAUUACCACGCGGAACCCAUCAGCGUCAAUGUUCAUGUGACCAACAAUUCCACAAAAACCGUGAAGAAGAUCAAGAUUUCAGUGCGGCAGUAUGCGGACAUCUGUCUGUUCAGCACAGCCCAGUACAAAUGCCCAGUAGCGCAGGUCGAAGCUGAUGAUCAGGUGUCUGCCAGUUCGACCGUCUGUAAGGUCUACACACUGGUCCCCCUCCUAGACCAUAACCGCGAGAAGCGAGGCUUGGCUCUGGAUGGGAAACUGAAACAUGAAGACACCAACCUGGCCUCCAGUACCAUAGUAAAGGAAGGGGCCAACAAGGAGGUGCUAGGAAUCCUUGUGUCGUAUCGGGUGAAAGUGAAGCUGGUGGUGUCACGUGGAGGGGACGUGUCAGUGGAGUUGCCUUUCAUCUUAAUGCACCCUAAGCCCGUUGAGCAACCCAUCUCCAGACCUCAGUCGGUCCUGCCAGAUUCUGAGGCUCCAGUCGAUACAAACCUGAUUGAGUUCGAAGCCAAUUUCUCCCACGAUGAUGACAUUGUGUUCGAGGACUUUGCUCGGUUGCGGUUGAAGGGGCUCAAAGAUGAGAAGGACGAGGAUGACCAUUUCUUUUAGAGUGGCACUGCCAGGGAUGGAGGAGGGGGUAGGGGGGUGGGGGGAGCAGUUUGGGUGGAGCGGGUGGGGCAUCAGGGAAGAGAGAGGAAAAGAAACCAAAAGAAGGUCAGAAAGCCCCCACCCCUCCCUCCCUCCCUCACCAGGGGGCAGUCAGUGAGAGAGAUGGAGAGCCCACAAGCCUCAUGUCAAGGUCAGGGGUGAGAGGUGGAGGGGGGUGGUGGUGUGGUGGCAAGGGGUACGGACCCCUGGAUCGAGAGGAGGUCAUCGUUUCUCCGUCUUUGUGGGAGGUGUGUCUCUUUGUAGAAUAUUUCUAGACUCAGGCCUUGCUAUACGGACUCUCCGCGCCGACCCCUCACCCUCUCUCGAAGCCGAAGGUCUUCGUCUGAGUUGAAUUCUACUUUCCAACCUCGACCUUGUGAUAGCCCCUUUCCUCUCCUGCUCAAGGGGUGUCCGCUCUAGUCGUUUCUUGCGUCCAUCUCUUUCCCAGCUCCCCCCCGCCCCACAACUCUCCCGGCCUGACUGCAAACUCUCCCCGGCCUCCGUCCAUUGAAGAGCAGGCCUGUGGAUGCCCAGUCCCUAACCAAUCUGUUGGGCAGUUGUUGGCUCAGUGUUGGAGGUGAAGGGUUUGGGGGGAACUAGGCGACAGGAAGGUAGAGACACUCCAGGCCUUUGGAGGUACGGGAGGGAGUUGCGUAUGUGCACGUUUGCCCAGCCAAUUUGAUUCGGUCGUAAAUGCACCACCACCCCCCUCCGAAAUGGCCAAGCCACUCAGUCCAAGGGGCAGUUAGGGAAUAGUCGGCCAACACGGUCCUCUCCAGGUCCCAUGAAAGGGUGAAGGCAGGUACUGGCAGGUGUUAAGUAUUUAUUUUUAUGUGGGUUUGUAGGGGGGGGGUCACAGAAUGACACAAGCUGCCUCCCUCUUUGCCCAAUCUCCCACCCUCUCAAACCCUGCCUGUGGGAGUCCCUCUCUGCUCACUCACACAGCCUAUGGGCGGUCAUCAAUCACAGCGAGCAGUGUGCAGAUCCCAGAGACCGAAGACACACUCGUCUUUGCGGUUCGUUCUCACACACUCGCUCGCGCUCUGUCACAUUCCCUCGUGCUCUCACUCUCACUCGCACUCUCACACACACUCUGCACUCUCACUUUCUCACAUGCUCACACACUCACUGUCUCAUUCUCUCGCACUCUCACACACACUCUCGCCACUCUCUGCACUCUCACUUUCUCACACUGUCUGCACUCUCACACUCUCUGCACUCUCUCACACUUUCUUGCAUUCCCUCGUGCUCUCAAGUGCUCUCUUGCGCUUUCUUGGUCUCUCAUGCUCGCUCACACUCAUUCACAUGCUCUCUCACACUCUUCCUUGCAAGUUCCCAUGUGCUCUUUCUUUCACUUUCUCUCGCUCACAUGCUCUCUCACUCACUUUCGCUCCCCUGCACCUGCUCCAUAUGUCCCUCUGUGUCUGUCUGUCUGUCUCUCCCUCUCUCUCUUUCUUUGUCUCUCCCUUGUAUAAAGAGCAGACGACAGACCUCCCACUUUGUAGAAUUCUUGUGUUUUUCAAACCAUUCAGUUUCUGCCCCUUUUGGUCAUGAGCUGUGUUCAGCAACUCAUUUUCUCUCUCUCUCUGCACCUCUCAAGCAGGGCUUCAUCAGAGAUCACCCUCCCCUCUAUCUCACCAGUACCCUCCCCACCUAGUUUGGCGUUAUAACAGGUCUGAUGAGGUGGAGACAUGCUAAGGCAACCUUUCUCCAGCUGCAUCCGGGAUUGAACAUUCAAUUGAAUCAAUUUCAUUUGUCGGAGCAUUUAUUGCCCCGACAAAGAGCCACCCACAGUUUGGGGCAAAUUUAGCUCCCCCUCCCCCCAUCUCCCUCGCCCCGCUCACCCCAGUAAAUAUUCUGCCCAUUUCUCCCACCCGUUGUGGGAGGGGGCCAGUCCCUCCCAAACCCCUGGCCCAAGGCACUCGCCUGGCAGGAACUACGAGCCGAUAGGUCACGGUGCGUCUUCGAAAAAAUUCUCUCCCUUUUCAAUCCUGCACGUUCACCUUCAGAGGUGAACUUCCUGAAUUUUCUUUUGUCCGUUUACAGGGCACGGACAUCUCUGGCUGAGCCCAACAUUUAUUGUCUGUCCCUAAUUGCUCCCUUGAGAAGAUAGCGGUGGGCUCCCUCUUGAAUUGCUACAGUCCAAGUCGUGUAGGGACGCCCAGACGGGACCAAACAGCGAGGGAUGGUGGGUACAUUGGCCAAGUAAAACCCCGAAGUCACAAAAAAAAACACACACACACACCCACACGGUGCCCUCAGGGAGGGAGUUUCAGGUUUCUGACCCAGCGACGCUGAAGGAACGGCCGAUAUAUUUCCAAGUCAGGAUGGGGAGGGGCUCAGAGGGCAACUUGCAAUGUAUCCCAUGUACCUGCUGCCUCUGAUGCUUCUGGAUGGAAGUGGUCGUGGGUUUGGAAAGUGCUGCCUGAGGAUCUUUGGUGAAUUUCUGCAGUGCAUCUUGUAGAUGGUACACACUGCUGCGACUGAGCGUCGGUGGUGGAGGGAGUGGGGUGUUUGUGGAUGUGGUGCCAAUCGAGCAGGGGCUGCUCUGUCCCUGGAUGGUGUCAAGCUUCUUGAGUGUUGUCGGAGCUGCCCCCAUCCAGGGUAAAGUGGGGAGUAUUCCCUCACACUCCUGACUUGUGGACGGUGGGACAGGCUUUGGGGGGAGUCAGGAGGUGGGUUACUCACCACAGGAUUGCAAGCCUCCAAACUGCUCCUUUUGACUUGGGGGAGGAGGUAGUUCUUUUGCCCUCCCCAACACAAAUCAGCACCCCCCUCCCCCCCAGAAGUAGGGUAACAAGCCCUGCUGGGCUCCCUCACUGGCCACACUCCUAUCGGGGAAAAUCGAGGGGAGUUGGAACUCCGCUGGUGUCAACUCGGGGAGACCGAGCUCCCCCAACCCCAAAAUUUCCCUUCCCAAAUUCUUGAAAGGAGGGGAAGUAUUCCAAGGGGCAAAAUAGGCGCAGAGGAGUCAAGAGAAGCUGCAGAGAAAGUUGGGGGGUUGGGGGGGCGGUGGUGGUGGGCGCCCUGCGGGAGAUGUCAGAGGCUCAGAUCCCAGCACCUUGAGGGUUGGGUCGACAGGUGGGGAAGAAAUGCAGAAUUUGGAGGGAGGACGGAGACGGAGGUGGCGUAAAAGCGUGAGGGUAAGGGGAGGGGCUGUAUCGUGCAGUGAUUAUGUGGCAGGCAAACAGUGGGAUGUUUUUUUAGGGGGGGCCAUGGAAUUCAGCUUUCCCACGAGGUGUGUCUGUUCGCCUCCUGGUGCUAACCCGAGUUCAGGGAUGAUUGGGGGGUGGGGGGGGGGGGGAGUUUGGGGGUGGAUGGCCACAACGAAGAACUGUCCAAGGGAGGUAGGGAGGCUCAGGUAGAGAACCAGAGGUGUGAGCCUUGACAUAAAACCACAUUGUAAAGUUAUUUCCAGCUCCCCUCCAACCGAUUUAAAGACGCUAGCCGAUGGCAGACUUCCCAGGGGAGCCAAUAUUGCAGAAAUGUACUUAUGUGUAUAAUUUUGAGCUUAAUAUGGAUGAAAUGUAUGUCUUUUAUCUUUCGCCAAUGUCAAUAUCGUGUUUUCAGGGUGGAUUGUGGGCAUUUCAGUCAGAGCAAAGAUCUGUCACCUUCCUAUCAAUGUUUAAUAUGUCCGAUGAAAGAUGUUCGAAAUUUAAUGCAUUUAUUAUUAAACUGAUGUAUUUACUACGA